GCCUUCCUCAUCUAGCUCUGCUGUCGACACCUGGGCACACAGGUCUUCACUGGUGCUCUGUGCAGAGGCCAUCUCAUUCUGAGGACUACACAAAGAUAGCCAGAGGAAGAGGGUAGAGCUAAGCCAUGAACAUUGUCUUGGAUAUCCUCCUGCUUCUGGUCACCAUCAUCUACUCCUACUUGGAGUCAUUGGUGAAGUUUUUCCUUCCCCGAAGGAGAAAAUCUGUGGCUGGAGAGAUUGUUCUCAUUACCGGAGCUGGGCAUGGAAUAGGCAGGCUGACUGCCUAUGAAUUUGCAAAGCGGAAAAGCAGACUGGUUCUUUGGGAUAUUAAUAAGCAUGGUGUUGAGGAAACUGCAACUGAAUGUCAAAAAUUAGGGGCCACUGUGCAUGCAUUUGUGGUCGACUGCAGUAGCCGAGAGGAGAUUUACAGCUCCAUGAAUCAGAUAAAGAAAGAAGUGGGUGAUGUAACCAUCGUGGUGAAUAAUGCUGGAGCAAUAUAUCCAGCUGAUCUUCUUAGUACCAAGGAUGAGGAAAUUACCAAAACAUUUGAAGUCAACAUCCUGGGACAUUUUUGGAUCAUAAAAGCACUUCUUCCUUCAAUGAUAAAGAGAAAUUACGGCCACAUUGUCACAGUGGCUUCAGUGUGUGGCCAUGGAGUAAUUCCCUAUCUUAUCCCAUAUUGUUCCAGCAAAUUUGCGGCUGUUGGCUUUCACAGGGCUCUGACAGCAGAACUUGAAACCUUGGGGAAAACUGGUAUCAAAACCUCAUGUCUCUGCCCAGUUUUUGUGGAUACUGGGUUCACCAAAAACCCAAGCACAAGAUUAUGGCCUGUAUUAGAGACAGAUGAAGUUGCAAGAAGUCUGAUAGAUGGAAUACUUACUAAUAAGAAAAUGAUUUUUGUUCCAUCAUAUAUUGGUAUUUCUCUAAUACUGGAAAAGUUUCUUCCUGAACGUGCCUUGGCAGCUUUAAGUCGUAUACAGAAUAUACAAUUUGAAGCAGUGGUUGGUCACAAAACCAGAAUGAAAUGAUGUAUGACAAAGAUGUAUGCACAUUUAUGAUGUGAAUCUAAGCACAGAGUCAAUGCUUCAAAGCGUUCUUUCACAUUUUCCAGUGAUGUUUAUAUUAAAAACAUUGAUUUGGCACUAGCAGCAAAACUAAUUGCCUUUCUAUGUCUCAAAACUAGAGAACUGUGAGAAAUAAAUUUCUACUGUUUACAAAUAA